AUGAUUGGUUUGUUGUUGUGCAUGCUAAAGUUAGAGAUGUGUAUGAUUUGGGUGAUGAGUUGUCCAAUGAUGUAGAUCAAGUGAAUGAACAAGUCUUGCAAGAUAUAAAUGACAACGACUUGAUUAGACCAGAAGUUGAUGAUAAUCAUGAUAUCAUGGAAGUUACAACAUCCAUGGAGAGCAUUCUCCAAAAUGAUGAGGGUGGUGAUGAUACAGAGGAUGAGAGUGAGGGAGACUUCUUCUAAUAUAUAGAGCAAAUUAUUUAUCAAUCAAUUUAUUUGACUUCUAAUUUAUUGAAGUUACAAAGGUGUGUAGUUAUUUUUGCUCCCUACCAUUUUAUGUGUUUCAUUUGAGGUAGAUUAGUACUGUCAUCGGUUAUUUGUUUUUUACAACAAUUAAAUACUAAUUUGGCUUUGGCAUAUGUAGAAAGUACCAUGGGGAAGCGCAGAAGGAAGUUGAAUACUACUCAAAAUUGUGGACAAUCACAAGAGGAAGGGCACUCAAUUGAUGGCUAUAAUGAACUCAACCAAAAUAACCAUUCUAUGUCUGAAGAAGGAAGUCAUGUUGAAGCUGAAGGUGAAAAGAGAACAAGAGGUUAUACACAUAUGCUAGAUGUGUGGGACAUGCCAGAUGGAGAGUUUAUAUUGGUGGAUGUAGAUUCUUUUGGUCAUCCUAUUGGUUGGGAAGGAAAAACUCUAUUAAAUGCAAUAGGAAGUUUGGUAAGGAGAUCUCAAUGUGCUCCAAUCAAUUACAUUAGCUGGAGUAAGAUGCCUGAGUCCUAUAUUACUGAUAUGAUUGAACUAAUUCAGACAAAGUUUAGAUUUGUUCCUGAAUUCACUGAGCAAACUGAGAAGAUACUAAAGGAUAACAUGAAGGUUAAGUGGAGGCAAUUCAAGUAUCAUUUGAAAUCAAAGGGAUAUGACAGUAGUAAGACAGAAGCAGAAAUGGCUGCCUACAUCCCAGACACAAGGAUGUUAGCUCGUCUAUACGAUUCUCUGAAAGAUCCACAAAUUAAUGAGGUUUUACAAGCUGUAGCUGAACAGGUGAGUGGAGACAACAUUGGGUAG